AUGGGUCUCCUAACCGGGUUUGAUAUCGAGCAAAUCCUGCAAGAUGCGACCAUCGCAGAGAAAAUAUCUCUGCUGAGUGGCAUCGACUUCUGGCACACGACCCCCCUACCCCGAUGCAACGUGCCCAGCAUUAGACUCGGCGAUGGUCCAAACGGCAUUCGAGGCACCAAAUUCUUCAACGGAGUGCGAGCGGCCUGCCUACCAUGCGGUACCGGGCUAGCAGCGACAUGGGACCAGGAUCUUUUGUACCAAGCUGGCGUGCUCAUCGGCCAAGAGUGCAAGGCCAAGGGCGCGCACUGCUGGCUUGGCCCGACCGUGUGCAUUCAACGGUCGCCUCUCGGGGGGCGCAGCUUUGAGUCAUUGUCUGAAGACCCUUAUGCGACUGGGAAGCUCGCUGCGGCGUAUAUUAACGGCGCACAGUCAACGGGUGUGAUAUCUACCAUAAAGCACUUUGUCGCCAACGACCAGGAGCAGGAGCGGAUCAGCAUUAAUGCUGUGAUCAACGAGCGCGCUCUGCGAGAAAUGCAUUUACUUCCCUUUCAGAUCGCUAUCGCCGAUGCGAAUCCGGGGGCGGUUAUGGCGUGUUAUAACAAGGUGAAUGGGGAGCAUGUCUCGCAGAGCAGACAGAUGUUGGAUGGUAUUCUCCGUCGGGACUGGGGGUGGCAGGGCUUGAUUAUGAGCGACUGGUUUGGUACAUAUUCGACUUCCGAGGCUCUCAACGCAGGUCUCGACCUGGAGAUGCCAGGGCCGUCAAGGCUAAGGGGCCCUUUGGCAGAGCUGGCAGUCUCGAGCCGCCAUGUCUCUCGCGCUACCAUUGAUGAGCGAGCGCGAAAUGUCCUCGAGUUUGUUCAGAGAGCGCAAAACACAGCUGUGUCCACUGAAGAGAGCACCCGAGAUCUGCCUGCAGAUCGCAAGUUGAAUCGCAAACUCGCCGCAGAUAGCGUCGUGCUGCUCAAGAACGACACGCAUACGCUGCCAUUGGAUCCAAGCAGCUUUAGGAGCGUCGCCUUGAUAGGCCCCAACAUGAAGACUGCCGCCUUUUGUGGCGGAGGAUCCGCCUCCCUUCAGCCAUACUAUACCGUUUCGCCAUACCAGGGCAUUGUCGCCCAGCUGCCACGCGACGUUCAAAUCUUUUAUGAGCCGGGCGCCCAGGCUCAUGCUUUCCUACCAGAGCUGGCUACCCCUGGCAUCCAAACUCCAGAGGGAUGCCCUGGACUUCGAAUACGUUUCUAUCGCGACCCCCCGUCUGUGCCUAAUCGCCGCAUCGUUGGCGAAACCACUGUGCAGGAGUCCAUGUGGCAGCUAAUGGGCUUUUCCCAUCCUGAAUCGGACAGGCUCUUUUACGCUGACAUUGAAGGCAAUCUAGUCGCCCCAGCUACAGGUGACUUUGAAUUCGGCCUCACCGUCUACGGUUCUGCGAAUCUAUACAUUGGCGACAAGCUCGUGAUCGACAACACCAGUGUACAGCGAGGCGGCAACUUUUGCUUCGGGAAGGGAACGGUCGAGGAAAAGGCCACUGUGCACCUCUGCGAGGGUACAUCGUACAAGAUCAAAGUUGAAUUCAUCAGCGGGCCUUCUUCAAAGCUCGUCAAGCCUGGCGUGGUCAACCUCGGCGGCGGGGCAGGUCGUCUAGGCAUGGUCCAGCUCAUUGAUCCCAAUCUAGCCCUUUCUCGCGCCGUGGACGCCGCCAGGCGCGCAGACGUGACCAUUCUCUGCGUCGGACUCACGCGGGACUUUGAGUCCGAGGGAUUCGACCGGCCCCAUAUGGACCUCCCGGCCACCCUGCCCCCUCUCAUCAACGCCGUCCUCGCCGCGGCGCCAAAUACCAUCCUAGUCACACAGAGCGGCAGCCCCUUCAACAUGCUCCCUUGGGCCGAACAGGUCAAGACUCAUUGUCACAUCUGGUUUGGCGGUAAUGAAGUGGGUAAUGGACUGGCGGACGUCCUCUUCGGUGCUGUUAACCCGAGCGGCAAACUGUCCCUCUCGUUCCCGCGCCGCAUCGAGGAUACUCCGACGUAUCUGAAUUUCGGCAGUGAUAGAGGGCAUGUUACGUAUGGUGAGGGUAUCUAUGUUGGAUAUAGGUACUAUGAAAAAGUGUUGCGCGAUGUGCUUUAUCCAUUUGGACACGGAUUAUCAUACUCGGACUUCACCUUCUCAGACCUUGAGAUUACUACCACAUCCGCCAAUCUCAACAUAACCAACAAGGGCUCGGGCCAUGGGCUUCCGCGGGCCGGAGCAGAAACCGUCCAGAUGUACAUCAGCCCUACAAACCCAACAAUCGCUCGACCCUUCAAGGAGCUCAAGGGUUUCUCCAAAGUGUAUCUGCAACCGGGAGAGACGCACCGCGUUGAGAUCCCAUUCGAUCGAUUCACCACGGCGUAUUGGGAUCAGGAGCUGCAUUUGUGGGUCUGUGAGAAGGGCCAGUAUCGGGUUCUGGUCGGGUCGAGUAGUCGGCGAAUCUUGCUUGAGGGGAUACUUGACCUGCAUAAGACGACGACUUGGUCUGGGCUUUAGUCAAGAGUCGCUGGGGAGAUAUUCAAGACAUAUCCUCCCCAGUGCACAUGUUAAUAGCCGACUUUUGUAGAGAUAGAUAUCAUCAACCAGCCGGCGCCGACUAAUUAUGUACAACAAAGCUCAUGCGUG